UUGUUAUAUAUUUCCAAAAAAGUGCACAGUCUACAUUACUCGGCGAAACAAUGUGGUCGGAAACAACAUUCCCGGUUGGGGUUCUUCUACUUUGUUUAACGGCAGCAUCGCUAUGGGUUUAUCUCAAUUAUUUACACAAUUAUUGGAAACGCCACAAUCUUCCUCAAAUCGAGCCCUUGCCGUUGGUGGGAAAUUUGGGCAAAAUCCUUAGCAUGUCGGAACCAUCUGCCAAAGUGAUUGAAGAAUUUUAUCACCACCCAAAUGCAAAGGGAAAACCUUUCGUGGGAAUUUACGUUUUCUAUCGACCGGCCAUAUUACUGCGGGAACCGGAGCUUAUUAAACGUAUUUUGGUUAGAGAUUUUCCCAAAUUUAGCAAUCGUUUCUCGUGUUCGGACAUUGAAGGCGAUCCGUUGGGUUCACAAAAUUUGUUUAUGCUAAAAAAUCCGGCAUGGAAGGACAUUCGCUUUAAGUUGACGCCGUUUUUCACCAGUGGGAAAUUGAAACAAAUGUUUCCCUUGAUAGCUGAGGUUGGUGAAAAUCUUAACAAAUAUUUACUGAAGUCAUCUCCCUCGCCCGACAGUCUGGAGUUUGAAUUGGAAUUGAAAGAAUUCUGUGCCCUGUAUACCACCGAUGUUAUAGCCACGGUGGCCUUUGGUGUUCAGGCAAAUUCUUUCGAAAAUCCCAAUGGCCAGUUUAGGAGAAAUGGCCGAGAAAUCUUUCGUUUUAAUAAACGACGAGCCAUCAACUUUAGUGUUGUCUUCUUCCUACCACAUUUGGUUCCCUAUUUCGGGGCCAAAGUUGUGCCAGUUGAACAAACUGAAUUCUUGCGCUCCACAUUCAAUUAUGUCGUUGCCGAAAGAGAAAAAUCGGGAAAAAUACGUCACGAUCUAAUCGAUAUUUUGAUUGAAUUUAAAAAUAGUUCCAAAUGUGUUUCGUCUAAAAAUGGAAAUGUAAAAUUCGAUGGUGAUCUUCUGGUGGCUCAGGCAGCUAUUUUCUUUACGGCGGGCUUCGAAUCAUCCUCGGCUACAAUGUCUUUUGCUCUAUAUGAACUGGCAAGAAAUCCUGAAAUUCAAGAGCGAGUUAGAGAAGAAGUACGAACGGUAUUGAUGAACAGUGGCGGAAAACUGACAUUGCGCGAUAUUGAAUCGUUGGAGUAUAUGCAAAUGGUUAUAAGUGAAACUCUGAGGUUGUAUCCGCCAUUGCCAUUUUUGGAUCGAGAAUGUACCGUGGAGAAGGAUGAAAGUUAUUUGUUGGAACCAUUUAGCAGUUUUAGCAUACCAAAGGGCAUGCCCAUCUAUAUACCGGCAUAUGCUUUGCACAUGGAUCCAAAGUACUUUCCCGAUCCGCACACUUUUAACCCGGAAAGAUUUUCCUCCGAAAAUCGUAAAAAUAUAACACCAUAUAGCUAUAUGCCCUUUGGACUGGGGCCGCAUGCAUGUAUUGGAGAACGUUUUGCAUAUCUUCAAACCAAGGUGGGACUACUGCAGUUCCUGCGCAAUCAUCGUGUUACAUUGAGCCCAAAAAAUCCACAUCGAAUAAAAUUGGAUCCCAAGGCAUUGAUUCUACAAUCUGAAGGAGGUAUUGUAUUGAAUGUUCAACGAGAUCCGUUACAGUGUUGAAAAUUAGAAAAAAAAUAUAAUUAAUAAAAUA